UGACGGAAGGCUGACGUAGGGACGCAGUGGGCCGAGCUUGGAGGCUGUUACGCCGUACGGUCCAACCGGACACAGGGCCUGUGGACAGCCCUCAAUCUCAUCAGUAGUUGCAACAGGAUUGGCUUGCAAGCACAAAAUGAGUGUGAAAUCAUUUUUAGAUAAACUAAGAAACUUUGAUGCUUAUCCGAAGCCACUUGAGGAUUUCAGAAUCAAAACAUGUGGUGGUGCCUCAGUGACUCUGAUUAGCGGCAUCAUCAUCCUGCUGCUGUUCAUCUCGGAGGUCCGCGACUUCAUGGCCGUGGAGCAGGACGAGGAGCUUCUGGUGGACACCACGCGCGGCGAGAAACUGAAAAUCAACGUGGACGUCAUCUUUCACAACAUAGGCUGCAACUAUGUUUCCAUCGAUGCAAUGGAUUCUUCAGGAGAAUCACAAGUUAAUGUCGAGCAUAACAUAUUCAAGCGUAAACUGGACCUCGAAGGAAAGCCCAUCGAAGAUCCAGAGAAAGAACACAAGCUGGGCUCGGCGGCUGCUCAGAAGGCCAACACCACCACUGACGUGGCCGUCGCCAAGAAGGACGAGUGUCUCAGCUGCUACGGCGCGGAGACCGACGAGCGCAAGUGCUGUAACACGUGUAUGGAGGUGCGCGACGCCUACAUGAAGAAGGGCUGGGCGAUGCCGAGCCCCAACAGUAUCGACCAGUGUAAGGGGCUGAAGCUGAACGACGCCGACCUGAAGGCCCUGCAGGAGGGGUGCCAGAUCUACGGCUACCUGGAGGUCAACAGGGUUGGGGGCAACUUCCACAUUUCACCCGGACGCAGCUACCAGCACGGACACAUUCACGUGCACGACAUGCAGCCGUUCUCGGCGCGCGAGUUCAACCUGACGCACACGAUCCGACACCUGUCGUUUGGCCAGAACGUGCCGGGCAGGACCAACCCGCUGGACGGACUGCAGUCGGUCGCUGAGAAAGGCGGCACCAUGUACAAGUACUUUGUGAAGAUCGUGCCGACCAUGUGGCAGAGGCGAGACGAGUUCACGCUGUUCACCAACCAGUUCUCCGUCACCCGCUACCACCAGGCUCUGAACGAGUUUUCGGACGGCAGCUCCGCCCCCGGCGUGUUCUUCUCGUACGAGUUCGCACCGCUCAUGGUGAAAUACACCGAAAGAGUCAAGUCGGUGGGCCACUUCGCCACCAACCUGUGUGCCAUCGUGGGCGGCGUGUUCACCGUGGCAAGUCUGCUGGACGCCGCCAUCUUCCACUCGGUGCGUGCCAUACAAAAGAAAAUAGAACUAGGCAAGCAAGGCUGACCGAGCCGUCACUAGUCGCUAAAUGCAGAGGAAUAGACCAGUCUUUUGCGCAAGCUAAGUGCGAAAGUGCAACGCUCAGUUAGUGAAAAUACUGAUGUGAAAAUAGAACUGGGCGAUUCGGGUUGCCCGGCACUGGCAGUGUACCUAUUGUGCUGGUGGAACGGGACUGACCGGAGUGAAAAUAGGUCGCUAUGCCGCGGCGGUCGCCCCGCUCCGCGUCCAUCUAACGCACAAGUGUCGACGGAAAAAGCUGCCUACGCUACCGGACCACCGGAACCUGAGUGCAGUACACAGGUCACCAUGCAGUGGGUGGGUCCGCUGCUGAUCAGGUUUUUGGGGCAUUAGGACCGGUCGACCGGGUCGCCAGGGAGUGCUGCAUUGACCCGUGCCCCGCUGAUGACAUCGGAUAGAGCGGGUCGACGGGAGUGCGAGCUAGGGGACUCUGUUAGAGGACAUACACAGCCCCCGGUCCCGAAUUCUGUGAUGUCCCGGGCCUGUGGAUACUGAAGGGUAACUGAAGGCGCUCAGACAGAACCGAAGGGCGUUUGGUGACGUAUGGAGGCGAGUACCGUCAAAUGCCAUCGUAGGAUUAUCAGAGGAAACCAGUGUGUGACAAAUAUGGUGUAGUAAGGACGAGGUCCAAUUGUUUUGCGAAUCGUUCAAAAGAGCAGCUUUGAAAUCGGCAUCAAAAGCCAUGUUUGUUAUACUUUACCAGCUACUUCUUAUUUAUUGUGGAUACCCGCUUAGCGUUUUGAUAUAUUUUCCGUUACUAGCUUUAGAUUACUGACAAUUGUGGUUAUUUCACGUAUACAUAUAUCUGGAUGAGUACGGUAAACGCCUAAACGGUACUUCACCAUGAUAAAAAUAAUCAGUUUAUAAAACUCUUAUUCCUCACUGAAACGCGUAAGCUAUGAGUUUUGCGUAUUUCCUGGGUAACAAGACGAUAUUGGAGAAUAAUUCCCCAAUCCCUAUGUUCCGAAAAGCGCACGUAGGUUUAUUUCUUUUUGAUGCACCCCAUUGGUGUAUUUUAUCCUCAGCUGGUGAGAUCCGGCUUAGUGUGAUGAUUUUACGAUGAUCGCUUGUUUGGGUUGUGUCUAUCUGUUGCCGUACCGUCCGUGUGCUGAAGUGUGACGGGAAGGGGAUGGGUUUUGUGUGAAGUGUUUAUUAUUUAAAUACCACAUGAUCAUUACAGCUGCUCCAACACGUGAACGUUGGAGGGUGUCUCGUAGUCGUGGCGUGUAUCUCAGUGGAACGGACAUUAGAAAGUGUGGUAUUCGAUGGUGUUGUUUGAGAAAUGUACGCACUGACGAACUACUGCCUUAGAAUUCCAGAGGAGUUAUGAAGUGUCCCUUUUGUAUUGCUGUGUGUUUGUCGCACUGAAGUGAAGUGACCGCAGUUGUUACUUUUCCGUUGGCAUUUGGUGCUGGGCUUUCCGGACAGUAUUUAUUAUAUUGCCCGUUAUGGAUGGGCUGACAGGGGACGCUUACGUCAUACGUGAACACAAUAUCAGCCAUAGAAGCGACAAAACAUGGUAAAUUUUAUGCUGUAAUGGCGAUGUGAAUGACCACCUUAAUGGAUGUCGGAAUUUGUCUCGACACCCGUUUGGCCCUGUUCAGUUAUUGAUUAGUCUAAAGCCGUGGGAUUGCCUUUCGCAGCAUGCUCUUCCUGGGAUUGGGGGCGUGCACCUGCAUAUAGUGACAUUCACCCGUGUGUGAGUGUGUUUGCAAACUUUAUCAAACUUUUAGUAAUGCGAGAUGUUAAUUGAUUUGUGAGCUGCACCAUUCACCCAUUUAUCACCAAUGUGUUAUCCAAUUGUGCAUGCGACCAGCGCCAAACAUUUCAUGCUUUUCUGCUGUUUCUCUUUACAAAAAGGAACUCAACAUUGGCUGCACCCAAGAUUCUUACAGACAGGCUGCACCCAUCGCCAUUCCUGUAUGACUACCGUUUUCUAAAUACAUGAGUGAGGAUUUGA